UAUUUUUCUAAGCGCAACUCAAAUUUUUUCAACAUGGGCGGCGGCGAUCUCAAUUUGAAAAAGUCGUGGCACCCGCAGACCUACGCCAACCAGGAGCGUCUGUGGAAGGCCAAGCAGCAGCGCGAGGCCGAAGACAAGAAGAUUGCCGUCCUGCAGAAGGAGAAGGAAGAGGAGCGGCGGCAAGAAGAGCUGCACCGUGAAGCUGUCGAAGCGGGAAUAAUCUCGGCUGGCGCACAGCGACUCGAGUGGAUGUACACUGGCCAGGCGGUCGCGGCGUCGAGGCAGCAGGAAGAGUAUCUGCUUGGCAAGCGCGUCUCGGACACGACGUCGGCGGGCGCUCCGGCCUCGUCCCUGUCGCAGGCGUCGGGCGUCGCAGGAUCACUGUUCGUCGGUGCUGGUGCUGGUGCUGGUGCUGGUGCUGGCGGGAGUGCUGGCGGGGCCGGCAAGUCCGGAUUGCCGGCUCAGUCGGGCGCGGUGCAAGGCUCGCUCGCGGCCAUCACCCAAGUCGCACCAAGCGCGCUGGAUAUGGCAAACAAGAUCCGUGAGGACCCGAUGUAUCUGAUCAAGAAGAAGGAGCAGGAGAGCCUGCAGGCGCUGCUCAGCAACCCGGUCCAACUGCAGCGCUUGCAAGUCCUCAAGCAGCAGCAGCUCCAGGCCCUCACUGCAGACAAGAAGAGCAGCAAGGAAAAGAAGGAAAAGAAGGAAAAGAAGGACAAGAAGGACAAGAAGGAAAAGAAGGACAAGAAGGACAAGCAUGACAAGAGAAAGGACAACAGGCAUCCUUCUUCGAGUGGAAGCGACUCGGACGAGCCCCAAGAACCCAGCCAUGAUGCUGAUCGUUCAUCUCGGUAUCGCAAUGAUGACCGCCGACAUUCGCCCGAUCGCUCUGAUCGCAACCGUCGCAGCAUGGACUCGGAUCGCGGCCGCCGCCACUCACGCUCGCCUCCUCCUCCUCCGCGCCGGCAUUCGCGUGAUCGUCGUUCGUCGCGCUCUCGAUCCCCAACCCGCAAUUCAUCGCCAGAGCAUCACCGGCCCCGUGGUCGAUCACCCUCACGGCAUGAUCGUUCGUCCCGGAGACGUUCGAAUUCUCGAUCGCGGUCGCGGUCUCGCUCUCCGCCUCGGCGUCAGCAUUCCCGCUCUCGCACGCCACCCCGCCGGCGCUCCCGUUCGCCCGUGUCGCGCUACCAAUCCUCCAAUCGUGAUCAUCGGCGAUCCCCUUCACCAGACCGUCGCCGCUCGCAACCGCAACGGUCGCCAUCGCCCUCGCGCCGUAGAAAUGAUGCCGGGGAUUCGCGCCACGCACAACAGUCACACGCACCCUCCGAAUCGAGCUCCAAUCGCCAGUCUCGCUGGGGACCACGCGACGAUCAAUCCAGUGGCGCCCCUCUCGCUGCAACAUCCGCUUCGGCAUCCUCUGCAGCAGUUCCAAUGGAUGUGGCGCCGCCACGCUCCAAAAACGAAGAACUACAGCGCCGUCUUGCUGAGAUGAAGCAAGCUGCAGAGGAAGUCCAGGCAGAGCGUGGAGCACGAUUGCAGCGAGUGCAAGCAGCCGAACAAUCUGAAGGCGCCGCGUCCACAGGCGAUGCUUCCUUCUUGACAGAUGUUCAAAAGACGGCCUUUUCGGCAGCUACAGCGGGCUCGUUGGAGGAUCAGAUUCGGCGAAAUCGGUACAACGUUCAACGCACCAGUUCCUCAUUGUCUAGUGGUCUGCUAGACCACUGAUUGCGAGAAAUUGCAAUAAACGCUUCCUCCAAAGUUACUUUUUUGGCCUUUUUUUGCUCACAACAAAAAAUCGUUUAC